AUGGCCUCUACUUGUCUAUUUGAUUGUGGAUGUGUCGGAGAUGCAAAUGAUGUUUUUCCAUACGAAGUGCUCGAUUUUAGCAGCGGUGAUUGUAGCAAGGGCUUUGGCUUUGACCCAUUUUGUGAAGUAGUCCACUGCGAUGACUGCGAAUUUGAGUUGUCCCUUGCCUUGCGGCAUAGGGCCUAUGAGAUCCAGUCCUUAUUGUGCAAACGCCAAGGACUAACCAUCGGGGUGAGAGGUUCAGCUGGCAGCUUCGGUCACAUUGGUGCAAUUUCAUAG